UCGACGUGAUUGGUCCGGGGAGUCACCUUGCUGUACGCAGCGCAGGAGUUCUCCAGAAUCCCGAACCAGCACCGAGCCAUGGCAGCCGCAGCGGACACGGCCAAGACCAGGCCCAAAACCUCGCCCAAAUCGAUUAAGUUCCUCUUCGGUGGCUUGGCUGGGAUGGGUGCCACGGUGUUUGUGCAGCCGCUGGAUCUGGUGAAGAACCGAAUGCAGCUGAGCGGUCAGGGCUCCAAGGCUCGCGAGUACAAGACCAGCUUCCAUGCCGUGGCCAGCAUCCUUCGCAACGAGGGCAUCGGCGGGAUCUACACCGGACUUUCUGCGGGUCUGUUGAGACAGGCUACCUACACCACGACCCGUUUGGGCAUCUACACCGUCCUGUUUGAGCGCAUGUCCAAAGCUGAUGGCACACCUCCCAACUUCUUCAUGAAGGCUCUCAUCGGGAUGACCGCCGGAGCCACAGGGGCCUUCAUUGGGACUCCGGCCGAGGUGGCGCUUAUUCGAAUGACGGCUGAUGGGAGGUUGCCUCCAGAUCAAAGGAGGGGCUACACAAAUGUCUUCAAUGCCCUCAUCAGAAUCACUAGAGAGGAGGGAGUCACCACACUCUGGAGGGGUUGCAUACCCACCAUGGCCAGAGCAGUCGUUGUGAACGCAGCCCAACUUGCUUCAUAUUCCCAGUCCAAGCAAGCACUGUUGGACUCUGGAUAUUUCAGAGAUGAUAUCUUGUGUCACUUCUGUGCCAGUAUGAUCAGUGGACUGGUCACCACUGCUGCCUCCAUGCCAGUAGACAUCGUUAAGACCAGAAUCCAGAACAUGAGAAUGAUUGAUGGGAAGCCGGAGUACAGGAACGGUUUGGAUGUAUUGGUGAAGGUCAUAAGGAAGGAAGGCUUCUUCAGUCUGUGGAAGGGUUUUACUCCGUAUUACGCUCGUCUCGGGCCACACACAGUUCUCACCUUCGUCUUCCUGGAGCAGAUGAACAGAUUCUACAAGAUCUAUUUCCUCGACUCCUAGAUUGUGACCCUUUGCUGUGUUUGUAACUCAAGACAAUUUGGACUCUUAUGUUGUCAUUUUGGGGAUGUUUGCUAACGUUGAGCACAAUUAAUGUUGUAAGGAAGAUAAUGGGGUGUGUGUGAAGGCCAACACUACACCAGACGGCUUGUUGUGAUGUGUAUUAAAUGAUGUAACGAGGUAUUUGAGCAGUCAUUUUCUGGUCUGAGGAGCUAUUAAAGCUUCCUUCCUAGUAUGUCUAAGGUGUAGUAUUUUAGAUUUUUUAAUGAAGAGGAGUAUCCAACAAGGGCCCAGCUUUUUAUAUAAAACGAAAUCCCGCGGUUGUGGCUUUCUUGAAGUAAAGAAAAAAAAAAAGGCCAUUGUGGUGUUUCUCAUUUGCUUGCUACGCAGGAACAACAAACAAACACACAACUCGUCCAUUAAAUGAAACCGUUUUAAACGAGGUAACCUGAAAACAUGAUCAUUCAAUUGUUAAAUUUGUAGUUGUGCUGCUUGGUUUCAGGUUUCAACUUUUAAAGCAAUGGUUUGACUCGUACAGCAUGUCUGUAUGCACCAAAAAGAAGUGAUAUAAUUGGUCAAAUAUUACUUGUUUGUAAAACAAUAUGAGAAACUGAAAAUAAAUGACCAUUCCAAAAUAAACUAAACACUGGAUAUGAAUCACAAAAUUAUCAAUACACAUGAUAUGCAUCCCAUCCAAAGCAGUUUUGUGCAAGUUUAGUUGUAGUAUU